GUUAGGUUAGGGGUAUGAUGCCACUAUCUGCCCGCAUCUAUCUAUCUAUCUGCCUAUCUAUCUACCUACCCUGGGUAGUACCUUGAAUGCAAAGUGGCAUCUUCUACAUAGUGCAUACCUCUACACUUUGUAUUUCAAAGCAUUCAUUGAUUGCUUGCUUGCUUGUCUACUUUUCAACGCGUUCAAGUUACGGCGAGAUAAAACAAUUACUUGCGUACCCAAUCCUUUUUCUUUUUUUUAUAUAGAUCGAUCACAUUAUUUCUCUACUAUCUAAUUCCCCUAUCGCCCUGCAUAUCUAUUUUUGACCCGUGCGGCGUUAUACAUUCAUAAUCCCGAAGGAGAAAAAAAAAAGAAAAGGAACCAUGGUUCUUGUCAAGAGCUUCGUGCUCGCCGGCCUUACUGCCGUUGUAGCAGCCAAGUCUGCUGUCCUCGACCUUAUUCCCUCCAACUUUGACGAUGUCGUCCUUAAAUCAGGAAAACCUACUCUUGUCGAAUUCUUCGCGCCUUGGUGCGGCCACUGCAAGAACCUCGCCCCCGUCUACGAGGAGCUAGCUCAAGUUUAUGCCACAUCUAAAGAUGUCCAAAUCGCUAAGGUAGAUGCUGAUGCGGAGAGAGACCUGGGAAAGAGAUUCGGCGUCCAGGGGUUCCCUACCCUCAAAUGGUUCGACGGAAAAAGCGCCAAGCCUGUUGAUUAUGAUGGCGGUCGAGAUUUGGAAAGCUUUACCAAGUACAUUUCGGAAAAGACUGGCGUCAAGGCUAAGAGAAAGCUGGAGCUGCCUAGCCAGGUGAACAUGUUGACCGACACCACCUUCAAGGAAAUCAUUGGAAGUGACAAGAAUGUCCUUGUUGCAUUCACCGCUCCUUGGUGUGGCCACUGCAAGGCUUUGGCCCCUACCUGGGAGACUCUGGCUGAAGACUUUGUCAACGAGCCCAAUGUCGUUGUCGCCAAAGUCGAUGCUGAGGCUGACAACAGCAAGAAGACUGCCGGCGAGCAGGGCGUUUCUUCUUAUCCGACUAUCAAAUUCUUCCCCAAGGGCUCGACCGAAGGCGAACUCUACUCCGGUGGCCGAACCGAGAAGGAUCUCGUUUCUUUCCUCAAUGAAAAGACCGGUACUCACCGUACCCCUGGCGGAGGCCUUGAUGCCACCGGUGGCACUAUCGAUGUCUUGAACCACAUCGCUCUGAAAUAUGCCGCUGGCACUGAGAAGCUGGCCGACCUCAUCGCCGAGGCCCAGAAGGCUGCCGCUGAUCUAGCCGAGGAUGCGCAGUACAAGUACGCGCAAUACUACAUCAGGGUAUUCGACAAGUUGUCGCAGAAUGAGGGCUACAUUGCGAAGGAGGCAGCUCGUCUUGAUAAAAUCAUUAGGAAGGGUGGCCUAGCUCCCUCCAAGCUGGAUGAGCUGCAAGCCAAGAACAACAUCCUCAAGCAAUUCCUCCAGAAUGUUGCAGAUGAGGUUACCGGAAAGGACGAACUAUAAACUUCUCAGGUAGAAGAAACGUUGAUUUGGCAUUUCUGUAACGAAUAACGAAAGCAGCAGCAGCCUAAAUUAAAGAGGCACAUCAUUGUGUAAAACCACAUUGGACUU